AUGGGCCUUGAACUCCCUUCCUACAUUCUCGCGGCGCUGACGGCAACCGGUGGAGCCAUUGGAUAUGCGAAGACCAAGAGCAAACCCAGCCUGAUCGCGGGGACGGCGGUCGGCCUUCUUUACGGCCUCGGCGGCUACCGUAUCGACACCAGCGCGCCCUACGGCGUCGAGCUGAGUCUCCUCGCGUCCGUCGUCCUGGGCGGGUCUGCGUUCCCCCGGGCGAUCCGGCUCCGGAAGCCCGUGCCUAUUGUGCUGUCGUUGCUCGCGGCGUACGGCCUGUUUACAUUCGGCGAUGCCUUCCGCCGCACCUUGUGA